AUGAACAUGGAACACUUAUGGGCAACUCUUGCAGUACUUAUGAUAGCCAACCUAAUUCUCUGUAUGUCGGAGGAGCAUGCACAUGGAAGGGCAGAUCUAACCUGCAACGAAAUCCACAACGGCACAAACGAGGGAACAAUUCACAACCCGAUGUACCCGGACAAUGAUCAUGGUACCAAAUUCUGCAAUUAUCAGAUUACGGUUCCCUCCAACAAUCAAGUUGCUCUGAGCUUCCCUGAGCUUAAAUUUGUGCAUUCCGACUCGGCAAUCUUUUUGUUCGACGGCCCCGAUUGCAUGUCCCGACGAAUCGGACACGUGUGGUACCUGAAAGAUAAUCCACUCAUUUCUUCUGGAAACAGUAUCACAGCAUUGCUGACUGUUCAAAAUGGAGCUGAGGUUUGGGGAUUCAAAGGAAAUUAUUCUACAGGUGCAUCGACUCUGCAAACGGCUCAAGGUGACUGCGGAGGAGAGUUGCGUGGGCCAAAUGGAAAGUUCUCGUUUCGAAAGAAUUCAUCAAGUCUAGUUGUCUGCGUUUGGCGAAUCACGGUAACUCCUAGAAGAAAAGUGAAGCUCAUUUUCAACUCUCUAACUCUGGCAGCCUUCAACCCUCUGUUGCGUGUGUUAGACGGAAGCACCUGUGGAGGCCUUAUGCUCUCAGAGCUUUCUCGUACUUCCAGCAUUCCUCAAAGCGGCAUCGUCUCCAAUAGCAAUACGAUGACGGUGGUGUACACAGAGGCAUAUGUUGGAGCGGAGUUGACAAAUAUUGAUGCCUCUUUUUCAGAGAUUAUAACGGAGGUCACCACAACCACCGGGACGGGUACAACGCCAAUCAGGACUACCCCAACUAGUUCGACGAAAACCACCAAUGGAGAUAUAAAGGCAGAUCUAACCUGCUACGAAAUCCACAACGGCACAACCGAGGGAACAAUUCACAACCCAAUGUACCCGGACAGUGAUCAUGGUUCCAAAUUCUGCAAUUAUCAGAUUACGGUUCCCUCCAACAAUCAAGUUGCUCUGAGCUUCCCUGAGCUUAAAUUUGCGCAUUCCGACUCGGCAAUUUUUUUGUUCGGCGGCCCCGAUUGUAUGUCCCGACGCAUCGGAUACGUGUGGCACCCGGAUAUUAAUCCACUCAUUUCCCCUGGAAACAGUAUCACAGCAUUGCUGACUGUUCAAAAUGGAUCUGAGGUUUGGCGAUUUAAAGCAAAUUAUUCUACAGGUCACUGCGGAGGAGAGUUGCGUGGGCCUAAUGGAAAUUUCUCGUUCCGAACGAAUGCAUCAAGACUAGUUGUCUGCGUUUGGCGAAUCACGGUAACUCCAGGAAGAAAAGUGAAGCUCAUUUUCAACUCUCUAAUUUUGGCAGCCUUCAACCCUCUGUUGCGUGUGUUAGACGGAAGCACCUGUGGAGGCACUAUGCUCUCAGAGCUCUCUCGAAAUUCCAGCAUUCCUCUAAACGGCAUCGUCUCCAAUAGCAAUACGAUGAUGGUGGUGUACACAGAGACAACUUUCGGAACGGGGUUGACAAAUAUUGAUGCCUCUUUUUCAGAGGAUAUAAAGGCAGAUCUAACCUGCAACGAAAUCCACAACGGCACAACCGAGGGAACAAUUCACAACCCAAUGUACCCGGACAGUGAUCAUGGUUCCAAAUUCUGCAAUUAUCAGAUUACGGUUCCCUCCAACAAUCAAGUUGCUCUGAGCUUCCCUGAGCUUAAAUUUGCGCAUUCCGACUCGGCAAUCUUUUUGUUCGGCGGCCCCGAUUGUAUGUCCCGACGCAUUGGAUACGUGUGGCACCCGGAUAUUAAUCCACUCAUUUCCCCUGGAAACAGUAUCACAGCAUUGAUGACUGUUCAAAAUGGAUCUGAGGUUUGGCGAUUCAAAGCAAAUUAUUCUACAG